AUGCUGCCAGAAAAACUCGCGCUGACUACUCCCUUUUUUCUCAUCACCAUUACCUCCCUAUCCAACCACAUUGCAAGGAACAUGGAUAACGAAACCAUUUUGUUCAAAAUUUUGGAAUCAAUAGAAGCCCUGAAAAAGGAUCAAGACGCGCUCGUUGCAAAAUUUGAUACUUACAAAGCUCAAAAUACUGACGAAUUGAAAAAACUAGAAGAACGUCUGAAACAAAGCUCUGAGACAAAGAACAAGUAUGAGGUCAAAGACCAAUCCACCAGUAAGAUCGUAUCAGAUGUUCAGCAACCGAAAGUUGCUCCUACCUCCCAAAAAGGAACGGUAACUUCAUCCUAUCCCGAUAGAGUCAUUUUGACAACAUAUCCCGAUCAAUUUGGAAUUAAGCCUAUACCUCUUCGAUGGGCCGAACUUGAUCCAAUUGUUCGUGGUCCGAUCGUGGCUUCCCGUCAUCCCUCAAGCAUCAAAAUUCGCAAUGCCAUCGGUGCGUAUGGUGGAUCGUAUUGUGUAUACCGUGCAUUAGCCGUCGCGAUGGGCGCCCUUGAUCCUAAUCAUCGCCCUGACUAUCAGAACACCGAACCUACCGUUCAAAUAGGACCUCAUCAUCAAUGGGGAAUAUCGAAUAAGAUUGUUUCACUGGAUCCUUUCGGUCACCUAACAACCACCUUGUUUAAAAGCCAAAUAGAACAAGGACUUGACAUACGUCCGACCAUUGCCAUCACCAAAGCACACAUGAAACUGGCAGAAAUCGAAAAUUCGGUAAAAUCGGGAAUAUUGCAGGUCGAUGGUAAUGUGGUGCUUAAUGAGACGGGAGAGUUGGAUGUGGUGAAAGCUGCUGUUGAGCCCGUUUGGUAUUUACCCGGAGUUGCCGCACGCUUUGGUAUCGACGAAGGUUUGCUACGUCGCGCGCUCUUCGAGGACACGGGUGGAAUGUACCCGGAACUUAUAACCCGUCCGGACCUCAAAAUCUUCCUGCCCCCAAUUGGGGGACUCACCGUGUACAUAUUUGGGAAUCCAAGUUAUGUCAGUGACCCGAGCAAACGACUAACUUUGAGGGUUCAUGACGAGUGCAACGGUUCCGACGUAUUCGGUUCGGACAUCUGCACUUGCAGACCUUAUUUGAUUUACGGAAUGGAAGAAUGCGUCAAGGAAGCUCAAAAUGGAGGAUCAGGCGUAAUUGUUUACUUUCGCAAGGAAGGGCGUGCCCUUGGAGAGGUGACCAAGUAUCUCGUUUACAACGCCCGCAAACGUGCCACUGGAGGUGAUACGGCCGACAACUAUUUCUUACGCACAGAAAACAUUGCCGGUGUGAAAGAUAUGCGAUUUCAAGCUUUGAUGCCCGACGUCUUGAAUUGGCUCGGAAUCAAAAAGAUUGACAGGAUGAUGUCAAUGUCCAACAUGAAGUACGAAGCUAUUAGGGAUUCGGGAAUUCAUAUCAUUGAACGCGUACCUAUUCCAGAUGAUUUGAUUCCACCAGACUCACGCGUUGAAAUCGAUGCUAAGAUAGCGGAUGGAUACUUUAGUACAGGGAAAGUUCCCUCAAAAGAAGAUCUUUCGAGGGUCAAAGGUAGAGAGUGGGAUGACAUACAGCAUUAG